GUUGUGACUGGUUAGAGUAAGAGUAGGACAUAUUUCUUCUCCUCCAGGAAACAAAUUGAUUUAAAGACCUCUUCUCUUCACAUUUGGCAACAAAUACAUUCAAUUCUCUUUUAUGGUUCGCAAACGUAACACCAUGAGUAGUGACUGUUUCAUUAGAGGACUGGUAUUUGGAGCUGGAUUUGCAUUGGCAAACAGGGUUUUAGGUCCCAAACCUCCUACCGUUAAUGUCACUGCACCACCACCUCCUGCCGAUAAUGUCACUGCAGCACCAGCAUUGCAGCAGGUUGAUGGCGAUCCGUGCUCUCUUCGAGCUAUCACCAAACUCUUAGAUUGCAUAAACAGCUCUAAGGAUGAGAAGGCGAUUAACAAGUGCCAGGUUUACAUGGACAGGCUUGUAGCAUGCAGAAAAGAUCAUCUUAGCAGAUCUGCUGGCCCAGUUCCACGUCCUGCUCCAGUUCACCAAGCUCCUGCUCCUGCUCCUGCUCAGAGCGAUGAUGGAUCUAUGCAUGAUGAUGCUGCUGCUGCCGCCCCUGUACCUACCGCUAAUAGUAUGGAUGCAUGCAGCAUUCACUCAAAGGCAUUCCAGGAUUGCAUCAACAGCUAUGGAAGCGAUAUUAGCAAGUGCCAGUUUUACAUGGACAAGUUUGCAGAAUGCAGAAAGAACUCCGGUGCCCCAAUGAGUGCUUUGAACGUGCUCUAAUAUGUUUCGUUUUUCGAACUGCAUGUGGUUUGUUAAGUAUAUUCUUCAUCAAAUAAUCCUAGUUGAAACUUAAGACCUUCCCAAACUGGUAUGAAACCAGUAUUCAUUUCUACUUGAUU